AUGGGGCUGGAGGAGAGGUGGUCCACGGAUCUCUGCGGCGGCCGGCUGCAUCACUUCUCUUGGAUCGGCGACCGCCUGGUUCGAGUUUGGACACCGCCCGGGUGGAGUCGAGGCAGCGUGCCGAAAGCCUUGUGGCUCAACGAUGGCCAGAACCUCUUCAGGGACGAGGAGGCCUUCGGGGGCGCUUCCUGGGGCGCGGCCGGCACCGUGGCACACCUGAUCGGCUGUGGGGCGAUUCCCGAGAUCCUCUUGCUGGGCAUCGACCAUGCGGGCCGUCUGAGGACCCAGGACUACCUCUCCGUACCGCCCACUGGCUGGGAUGCACCCUGGGGCAAGGGUAUGCGUGGAGACAUGUGGGAUGCCCCCGGAGGAGGUGUGGACUCCUACCUGGAGAAGGUGAUGAGCGAGCUGGUUCCAUGGGCAGAGGAGCACUUCGGCCUGUCUCCGGUCCCCGAAGAUCGGUUCUUUGGGGGCUCCUCCUUCGGCGGCAUCUGCACGCUGUACAUGGCCAUGAGAUAUCCAAGCUCCUGGGCAGGAGUGCUCGUGGAGUCGCCGUCUUUUUGGGCGGGCGACGGGCGCUUCAUGACUGACGUGGCGAAGCAGGAGACUUGGCCGGGUCGAAUCUACUUGGCCAUGGGGGAGUUCGAGUACACUGGGUUCCGUGGAACCGACAGGCCAGGCAGCCUGGAAUGCGAUGCAUUUCUGCGAGAUGCUUGUGCAGAAUGUGCAGAACACCUCCGUCCUCAUGUUGGAUCGGGCUUGCUAAGCUUCGUGGAGCCCGGCGGUCGGCACAACGAGCGUGACUGGGGCCGCCGCUUGCCCGGCGCCUUGCGAUGGCUCUUUGCAGUGCCGUGUGCUUCUCACCAUCCUUUUUGGGCCAGGCCUUCUCCGCUGAGGCCCGGCCCCAUGGAGCUGUUCGUGCGGCAAGGGGAGCUGAAGCUUCCGCCGGGGAAGUGCCUCCAGGCGCACCUUGGCUUCAAUGACUGGUCCUGCGGCGUCCAGACGUGCGACCUGCUGCCUGCUGGUCUCGACAUCGCCGAUGGCCCGGUUCUGGCUGCUCUGGCCUAUGUUCCCGAGGGGGCCUCUUCCAUGAAGUUGGUCUUCACAAAUGGUGCUGAUUGGGAUAACAACUCCGGCAAGGACUACGUGCUGGACUAA